GGCUUGUAGGAAGUGAGGAGGAGCCUGCCAUGACAUCAAUUAUUGAUGUAGGAUAAGUUUCAUUUCUGCUGCUUCAGAAAAAGGAGGAAGCAGCCGUUGUCCAGAGGCUGCUCAUGUCAGAGAGUGGAAUAAUUUAGAAACUCUGAUAUCCUGCUGGGUCACUCUCACCGUGUUCCAGUCUGAAUACUUCCUGGCCUCAAAGGGCAGGAACAGCCCAGUGUGAACCAGCACCCCCUGCUCAUUUUGGAGAUCAUCUGGUAGGAUGGCAAGCAACGCACCUGAAUCCCCAGGUGCCCACCGGGGAGACACAGUAGAAAUACCCGCAAAGAAAAGGAGAAGGACUUUCAAGUACAAAAGCUUUUUGGUGGAGGAGAAAGAGCUCCUGAUGCAGUAUGAAAAGCUGGAAUCCAGGACGAGGAAAAUCCUGAAAGACUCAACUAUGGACAAAUUCUUUUCAAACUUGCGUUGCAUGCCAGAGGCCUCUUAUAUCCUGGACCGCUUCUUCAAGCUGAUGGAAAAGACCUCCUUGGACCCCAUUUACAUUGGGCUCUUUGGCAGCACUGGGGCCGGGAAGACUUCGCUGCUCAACACCAUCUUGGAGAAGCGGUUCUUCUUGCCGGUGUCAGGGAGUACCGUGUGCACCUCAUGUGUGGUGGAAAUCCACACCAGCCGGGCUGAGUCCUAUGAGGCAAAAAUUCACCUCCUCUCAGACGAGGAAUGGAGGGUGGAAAUGGAGAAGCUGGUGAAGCUUGCACAGAAAUGUGGGGAUGAUGCUGAUGACAGUGAUGAUGAUGAUGAUGACGACGACGAGGGAAAGGAAGCCAUUCGAAAGCUCCAGGCCGUAUAUGGUUAUAAUGCUGAAACCAAAAGUUAUGAAGAGUUGCUAAAGGCAAAGCCAGUGACAGAUAAAAGAUACAUUCUUCGCCAAGGAAAUGAGGCACAAAUUUCUGGAAUACUGGACCUAUACAUCCGGUGUCAGAGGAACAAGGAUAAGGGGGAACCAAGCCAGGAUGGAGAUGCACGUCUCUGGCCCCUCAUCAAAAAAGUAGAAGUGACAAUCCCAAGACCUGAUGUGAUACCAGAAGGUGUCGUGUUUGUGGAUAUUCCAGGGACUGGAGAUUUCAAUGAUAAAAGGGACCAGAUGUGGAAAGAGAGCAUCAACGCAUGUUCCGUCAUUUGGAUUAUCAGUGGUAUGGUCCGAGUCCAGGGGGAGAAAGUCCAGGAGACGCUACUGGCAGAGAGCAUCAAGGCUUACCAAGCUGGAAAGUGCAGUGACAUUACCCUGGUGGUCACAAAGUCCGAUGAUGUGAAAUUUGAGGAGUACAAAAGGGAAAGAAAAGUGAAAAAUAAAUCUUUAGACAGUGAACAUGAUGCCAUCUUGGAGAAUAAUGAAAGUGUGAAACUGAAGAGGAAAAGUAAAAUCAUGAGGCAGCUGAAGAAACAGCUGCCAAGUGACUCGGAGAUUCUGGACAAGGCAGAUCUAGUUUACACAGUCAGUGCCCGAGAAUACUGGGACGAGGAGAAGCUCACUAAGGAAGAGACAGAGAUCCCCAAGCUGAGAGACAGCAUCAGGCAGCUCUACCUGAAGGAGAGGAAGAAGCUGCUAAUGAAUUAUGUGAUAGAAGUGUAUGUAAUUUUCGCACUGGCUCAAAACCUAAGCUCCACAGAAGACCUGAAGAGCUGGAAACUUCAGCAGAACAACUUGGAAACCUUUGUGAUGAAGGGAAUUAAUGAAUUGGAGAAGGAGGUUGAGAAAUGUUUUGCUCAGAUAGAGCAACCUCUUAAGGAUGGCAUACAGAUAGCAAAAAAAUCACACCAGAACAUUGUCGAUGGGAUCCUAAAUCGAACCAGUGGAAAACGAGGUUAUCACAGGACCCUGAAAGCCUUGUGCCAGAAAAAUGGCAUGUACGUGUCCCGCACCUUUGCUCGUUUAGACAUCAACAAUGACCUGGCUCGACCCAUCUAUGAAAAAAUCAACCCAAUAUUUGGAGCCAUCUUCAGGGACCAAGCAGGCACCCGAGCCACACUGAAAGGUUGCCUUGAGACAUUCAGGUGCAGCGUGCAGGAGAAAUUCAAGGAGGGUGGAAAGAAGAAAUCAAUGGCUGAUAGUAGUCGGCUUGACUUCCUUGUGCAAGAAACAAAUGUCAUCCUGAAUUCUCUUGAUGGAGAAAUCCUCAAGAGCAAGGCAGAAGUCUACCAGUCCCUUCCACUCUCCAUCCAGAAUGAUCUCCAGCCGUAUUAUGAAGCGGCUGGAAAUGUAAGAGGGAUAAAUGCCUGUCAGACGAUGCAGAAUAUCAUCAAGAAGAACAUUGAGAAGGAAGUGAGCAGUGGGAUGUUUGAAGAGGCAGCGAAGAGGAUGAAGGAUGAGUUUCAGAAGCUGAAGGACAAGAUUACAAGAACACUGAACAAGAACUUUUCCAACAUGCUGAACCUUGCUUUGUCUCAGAGGGAAGAGCUUGCCGAGAAACUUCCAGACUUACAGAAUCAAUACAAGGAAAUCAAGGACAUAUACAACAAACUACAUGGAAAAGCUUAAAAAUAGCUGCAGAAGUAAUCCUUUUCCUGUUCUAAGAUUGAACUGUUGAAGGCUUUCUUUUAAUUCGCUAGGAUGAUAACCAUCUUAUAUUCAUUUCUAAGGAAUUUGUAAGGGGAAAAUUCCAAACACAUGCUAUAGUACCUGUAUCUGCUGCUCUGCUUAAUCAAUACUACCAUCUUUCCUAUCACACCUCUGCUCUAAAGUGAGGAAAAGUAAAGAUGCCAAUGCAUGAAGUGGAUUUAUAUUACCAUUUAGUUGUGGUUUGGAGAGUAAUAACUAGAGGUGCACCAAUAUAUCAGUCCAUAUCGGAUCGGCACCAAUAAAAGGAAAAUUGACAUUAUCUGCAAUUGGCUUUUUUUAGCCAGUGUAGCUGAUAAGGUCACUGAUAAAUGCCGCAUGUAUAUGUACAGUUGCAACACGCACAUGGCCAAAAGACACCGUGUGGUAGCACGGAGAGCAGUGUCCAGCUGGUAAGUCUGUAAGCGGGAAGGGGCAUGGGGGAGGGAAGGGGUAUAGCGGGGUCAUAUCGAGGCCCCCACAGUGAGGGAGGGAGUAGGGCUGGGGCAGGGGCAGGUGUUACCCAGCUGGGGCAGGUUGCAGGAUAGAGUCACGGGUGGCUUGUCAGGGAGGCUUAGGGGGUGGCAUGGGGGGGCACGUGCCCCCCAUAUUUGUAUGCAAGGCAAGGGUGGGCUGCCCUCUGUGGCCUCUGGGCCAGGGGCUGUGCCUGCCUCCUUCCGGGGGGAAAGGGGGUUGGGCUGGGGCUGUGCUCAGGACAGGUGCUGGCAGGGGUGGCUAUGGGGAAUUUUGGGAUACUAUAGCCCAUCCUGUAGCCCCAUCCAGUGCUGGCAAUGUCCAUCCCACCCUCCUUGAGUACAGCCCCAUCCCAUUCCCUCCGCUGGACAGAGGCUGGUAUAGCCUCAGCCCUGAGCACACAGUGGGCAGCCCUCCCUCACCCCAGGCAGAAAUCCAGGGGGUACAUGACCCCCAUGUCUCCCCUGGGAGUGCAUGCAGCAGUGGGGAGCUAUCUGCCACCCGGCACAACCCUGAUGAACCACCUGUGGCUCCAUCCCUGCCUGGCUGGGCAGCACCUUCCCCUACCCCUGCCUCAGCCCCACUCCCUCCCUCACCAUGGGGGCCUCGAUUGCCCCACCACGCCCCUUCUCUCCCCUACUCCCCUUCCUCACCCCAGACUUCAUGGCUGGAUGUUGAUCUCCACACUGCCAGGCUACAUAUAGGCUAUCAGAUCAGUAUCCGUCGAUAUGGAUGGUUAAUAGGAUCAAUAGGUAUUGGCCAAAAAAUAUCUUUAUCGGUGCACCUCUGGUAAUAACAAUAGUCUCGUACUCAAUCCAUUAAGAAAAGUUUUUGUUUCUGGACUAUAUAUCAAUAAAAGAGCACUGAGUAUUGUUAUGGAGUCAGUGC